AUCCCGGCAUGCCCGGCGCGCGGUACCUGCCCGCCCCCAGCCGCCGCGCCCGGAGGAUGCAGACGCCGGGGCGAGCCGGCAGGAUGGAGGCCGGGGAGGCAGCGCCGCCGGCGGGGAUGGGCGGCCGCGCGGCGGGCGGCUGGGGCAAGUGGGUGCGGCUCAACGUGGGGGGCACGGUGUUCCUGACCACCCGGCAGACGCUGUGCCGGGAGCAGAAGUCCUUCCUCAGCCGCCUGUGCCAGGGGGAAGAGCUGCAGUCGGACCGGGAUGAGACUGGGGCCUACCUCAUUGACCGUGACCCCACCUACUUUGGGCCCAUCCUGAACUUUCUCCGGCAUGGCAAGCUGGUGCUGGACAAGGACAUGGCUGAGGAGGGCGUCCUAGAGGAAGCCGAGUUCUACAACAUCGGCCCGCUGAUCCGCAUCAUCAAAGACAGAAUGGAGGAGAAGGACUACCCCGUCACCCAGGUCCCCCCCAAGCACGUGUACCGUGUGCUGCAGUGCCAGGAGGAGGAGCUUACGCAGAUGGUGUCCACCAUGUCCGACGGCUGGCGCUUCGAGCAGCUGGUGAACAUCGGCUCCUCCUACAACUAUGGCAGCGAGGACCAGGCAGAGUUCCUGUGCGUGGUGUCCAAGGAGCUCUACAGCUCCCCACACGGGCUGAGCUCGGAGUCCAGCCGCAAAACCAAGAGCGCCGAGGAGCAGCUGGAGGAGGAGCGGCUGCAGGAGGAGGUGAUGGUGGAGGUGGAACGGGUGCAGGUGGAGGCAGAUUCCCAGGAGAAAGGUUCCCGUCCGCACCUCCGACCUGAGGCUGCGCUGGCAGUGAGGGCUCCUCCUCGGCCCCUCGCCCGCCCCCAGAGCCGCCAUCCCUGCUGUUACAAGCCAGAGGCACCCGGAUGUGAGGCCCCAGAUCACCUCCAGGGACUUGGGGUUCCGAUCUGAAAUCCUUUAUUUUUGUACCGCGGGGUGGGCCCCCCGCUCCAGGCGGAGGAAGCACUCUCCCCCCUGCCACUUCUGUCUACACCUGCGGGGCUGUGAUUUCCCCCUGCCUCUGGGGGCCGGGCGGGGGCCCGCUGGGACCUCUCGA